UCGGGGGAAGGGGCGUCACCGCUCGCUUUACGCUUUUAGAGCCCGCAGCACAGGCGGCGGGGCUGAGCAGCGGAGGAGAUGGGGUUUGCAGCAGCCUCCGCACUUCUCCUGGCAGCCCCAGCACCACCGCCCCUCGCCGGGCCGCGGCGCCCGUUAGGCCGCGCAGAGUGAGCUCGGGCGCCGGCCGGCGGCAUCUCACCCAGGACUGGAGGGCAGGGCGCGGUGGGGCCCGCGCGUCUCCCGGGCAAACCAGCUCCGGCUGCCACCCGGCCGCGGCCGGGACGGAGCUCCUCGGCCCCGCAGCUCCACGCACCCGGCGGCGGCGGCGCGGGCUCGGGUGCCCGGGCAGCCUCUGAGCCCAUGGCUGGCAGCGAUGCGGAUGGCGAGGGUCGCGCGCGAAGGAGCAGCGCCGCACGGCGUCCCGGGGGCCCCGGCGGGCGGGGAGGCGAGGCUGCGGCCAGCCGCCCGGAGCCGCUGUCUACUGCUGAAGCGCCGGCCGACGGGCCGGAUGCGCUGCCCGCCUGGAUGCGCCUCUACUUCUACGGGAUGCACGGGAUCACCCUGGACGUGCUCGUGUCCUCGGCUCGGCGCUUCGCUAGCAGCCCGGACCUCCGGAUGCUGGGCUUCUCCUCGCCCUACCGCUGCCUGCUGCACUCCCUCACCCACUUCGCCCUGGAGAAGGUCUACCUGCAGCAGCGGCGCUGCCCCAGCGCCUUCGUCUUCAAUUUUCUCCUCUACCCCUCGGCCCACGUGGCGCUGCAGACCCUGGCCGGCCAGGCACUGCUGCUCGCCUUGAGCAGCGGCCCGGGGGGCGCGGCGGUGCCGGGGACACUGGACCUAGCGCUGCAGUAUGUGCUGGCGCUCUACCACUGCCAUGUGUUCCUGAAGCGCUUCCUGCGCUUGCGGUACCGGCGGCAGCCAGAGCCUCAGCAGCCGCAGCACGGGCCCGGCGCGCCCCCCGCCCCUCUGGGCGCCGGGGCCCCUGGGGUUGCAGGUGGCCGGCAGCGACUACCCCGAGGCGGCUGGGGUGUCGGGGGAGCCCCCAGUCAGGGGCUGCCGGGCCUGCUCCGCUUUCUUUUCUUCGGAAUGCACGGCUUUUUGGAUGAGAUCUUCUUCACUUUCUUCUUUAAUUUUCUGGGGCAGAGAGAUGGGCCAGCCAGCGGCCACACGUCGCUCUGGUCCUUCUUUAUGUACGGCAGCUGCAGCUUCGUGGUGGAAAAGCUCUACUUCCACCUGCACUGGAAUCGUGGCUGGAGCACUUGGAAGCGGCUGCCCAUCUACGUGAUCUUCAUCUACGUAUGGGAGUUGUCCUGGGGUCUGGGGCUCCGCCUGUGCGGCGCUUGUUCCUGGGACUAUUCUCACUAUCCGCUCAAUUUCAUGGGCCUCAUCACCCUGAUGUAUUUACCUGGCUGGAUAUUCCUUAGUGUGUACCAGGACCUACUUUCCAACGCGUUGUGGCGGGUGCAGUACAUACCAACUAACUAAAAAAAAAAAAAGUCACUCGAUUCCC